AUGUCGCCCUCGAUGUGGACGAUGAGGUGGUCGCACCAGGUCAUCAAUGAACACCAUCGACACCACUUGAAGUCUUGUUCGACCAUCAGCCGUGUGAACAACGCUCUCAAGUCCAUCAUCCCACGAACAAGACCCGGAGACACAGACACAGACACCCCGCACGAGGCAUUACCAUCUACCCCGCUUGAACCCGUUCCUACAAGAACAACUUCAGUCACCAUGAAGUUACUCAACCUCAACGAUGGCGUCGAGGCCGGCGUCAUGUGUGUAGAACCCACCCUCACAAACGAUGGCAUGGACGCCCGCAACCUAGCAAAGGCCCACAAGGGCUUCUCCAAGAACGACAUCCGCUCCAUCGGCAUCACCAACCAGCGCGAAACCACGCUUGUGUGGGACCAUGAAACCGGCGAGCCUCUCUAUAAUGCCGUCGUCUGGCCCGAUACUCGCACCAAGUCCCUUGUCCGCGACCUCAAGGCCAAGGACGGCGCCGAUGCCAUCAAGGACCUUUGCGGUCUUCCCCUCUCCACCUAUCCCAGCAGCGUCAAGCUUCUUUGGCUCAUUGAGAAUGUUGAGGCCGUCAAGCAGGCCUACGAAGAAGGUCGUCUUGCCUUCGGCACUGUCGACACUUGGCUGAUCUACAAGCUCAAUGGCGGCGCCCAGGCUGAGAGUCCUGUCCACGUAACAGACAGCACCAACGCCAGCAGAACCAUGUUCAUGAACAUCCGCACUCUGCAGUAUGACGACAAGUUGCUAGGAUUCUUCGGAAUUGACCGAACCAAGGUGCAUUUGCCCAAGAUCGUCCCUUCGUCGGACCCUGAAUGUUUCGGUCGCAUUGCCAGUGGUGCGCUGUCGGGUGUGCCGAUCGCUGGUUGCUUGGGCGAUCAAUCCAGCGCCCUGGUUGGCCAGUGCGGCUUCAACCCCGGCCAAGCAAAGAACACCUACGGCACUGGCUGCUUCCUGCUCUACAACGUCGGCACCGAGCCCGUCAUCUCGCAGUACGGUCUUCUGUCCACUGUCGCCUACGACUUUGGUCAGGGCCGCGCGCCCGUCUACGCCCUCGAAGGCAGCAUUGCUGUCGCCGGCGCCGGCGUCACCUUCCUCCAGAACAACCUCAACUUCAUUGAGAACGCUAAGCAAAUCAACGACCUUGCCGAGUCGGUGCCCGACAACGGAGGUGUUGUGUUUGUCACCGCCUUCAGCGGCCUGUUCGCCCCUUACUGGAUCGAUGAUGCAAAGGGAACUUUGUUCGGAAUUACUCAACACACCCAAAAGGGACACAUUGCUCGUGCCACUCUCGAGGCUACCUGCUUCCAGACCAAGGCUAUCCUUGAUGCCAUGGAGAAAGACUCGGGCUGCAAGCUCAAGCUCCUCGCUGUCGAUGGUGGUCUCUCCAACUCCGAUCUGACCAUGCAAACCCAGGCUGACAUCAGCGGUAUUCCCGUUGAUCGUCCGGCCAUGUGCGAAACCACCGCUCUUGGCGCUGCCAUCGCUGCCGGCCUCGCUACCGGUGUCUGGAGCGAUACCACCGAGCUCCAGGAAGUUAACCGGACCGGCCGGAAGGUCUUUGAGCCCAAGAUUUCUCGCAAGUGUGCCGAGAAGAGGUUCAAGAAGUGGAACCAGGCUGUUCAGAUGAGCCGCGGCUGGCUGCAAGACAAUGACAACGAAGACGACGAGUGCGACGAGGAGGUGAAGAAGGCCUAAGCCGGACACCUCGCUUUCUCACCCUUUCUACACACCUUCUCUUUCCAGAUCCAUCGUCUCACAAGAUGAUCUUGUACAACAUUUUGCUUGCUUUAAAAACACUGCAUUGGGAUUUUGCGAUGGAGUUCGGGAUGAGCAUUUUUGGGUAUAUCUUUUCAUUCUUUUCUCCUGUAUAACUUAUCAUGAUUGGGCUUUUUUUUGCGAGGAGUUAUGGGCGAAAAAGGGCGAAAUGAACAAAGCAACACACGCAUGAAUAAGCGUGAAUGGGACUGCCGGCGGGAAUAAAUGGCUUGAUCUAAUACCUCACGAGGAUACCCUCAUUUAGUUCUUGGAACAUUGGGACUUGGAUGACCACAAGUAAUUACAUUAUUAUAUGAAU